AUUAUGGAAGGGCGAAGGUUAAUUCGAGAUUUUGAGGACGCGUUUUCUAAUAUGCAACGACACAACGUUUUACGAUGGAACAAGACAGUUAUUUGAUUACUUACAUUCUUGCACGGGGCGAUUAAAAUUAGAAGAUGUUAUCGGUCUUAAAACGGGGAGAGACUAACGGUUCCCGCGUUAUCCAUGGAAAUCUCUCUUCAGAGAAAUAUACGUACGUAUGCAUGUAAGUACAGUUGCAGUGUAACGCGACGGAACGGUUUUAUUUUCGACGCGAUGUCGCAGGAAAUCCUGCUAUUCAAACCUGAGAAAAUGGGCUGAAGCUUUCUUUAGGGAUUCCGCUCGCACGUCUACGCGCCUACAAUGCCAGUCAGGAAUGAAUGGCACGAGGUUCAAAUACAUCUCUCGAUUAAAAAUACUACGCAAAAUGAACUCGUUACAUCGAGUGCAUUUGUAAAAUAAAAUAUGCAGACAUGUUGUUGCAUAUUAGAAUUCGUAAUGGAUUUGUAAAAUCAAAUCAAAGUCAGUUCUGUAAAAGUGUAUCGAGGAUUUAGUUAGGAAAAGGGACCGUGCCAGUUUCCUGACUGGCUUUCGGUCGCAAGUGGACCGUGCGAAGAAAAUCCUGUGAAGGAUUCGCGACGCGAACGAAAUUGUUCUUUUGUCAUCGAAUCGAGAUUCGGAGCGGAACCACUUUACCAAUUCAAACACUGCGGUUACGGAUUCAGUUUACGUUUCAUCGUUAAGGAGUGAUAGCGAGGUUUAUUAAAUGGAAAACAGUAUUACGUAAAUGAAGACGAUUAAUUUGAUCCAAAGAAGAUUAGGUUGAUAAAUAAUAUAAAUAACGAAUGAUCACGUAAAUCGCUGAGGGAUUUAAUUAUGCGUUGCAGGAAGAAUACGUAGCGGAAAGUAUCGCGUGGACGCCCAUAGAGUACUUCAAUAAUGCGAUUGUCGUUGAGUUACUGGAGGGUAAACGUCCACCGGGACUAUUCUUGAUCCUAGACGACGUUUGCGCGACUCUUCACGGCGGUAGCACGGGAGCCGACGCAGAUUUGCAAAAGAAACUCGCGGUCGUGGCUGAUAAGCACGAACAUUUCCAAAGUACAAAAGAAGGAUUUGUUAUUUAUCACUACGCUGGUGUGGUCUCUUACUCGGUCGAUGGAUUUUGCGAUAAGAACCGCGACGUACUCUUCCCUGAUCUAGUUGAGCUGAUGCAAACGAGCACCAAUUGUUUGGUUCAGAAACUGUACUCCUCCGAAGGAUUACAGGCGAGCAAGACGAAAACUCUGAGAUCUAGGCCCACUACCGCUGGUAACAAGAUCAGGAAUCAGGCUAGCCGGCUGGUGAGCCAACUGAUGAAAUGCACGCCGCAUUAUAUCAGAUGCAUCAAGCCGAACGAGACUAAAAAGCCUCGUGACUGGGACUCUGCCAGAGUGAAACAUCAGGUGGAAUAUUUAGGUUUGAAGGAGAACAUCAAAGUGCGCAGAGCCGGUUUCGCGUACAGGAGACCGUUCAACAAAUUCAUACAGAGAUACGAGAUUCUUAUUAACAAGAAUCAAAGAAAUGACAUCGAUGAGAAACGAGUGAUCCAACAGACACUAAGCAGUCUUCAAAUCGAUCAAUCGCAGUACCAAUUGGGGAAGACGAAAUUGUUUAUAAAAGCUCCGGAAACUCUCUUCAUGUUGGAGGAAGCGAGAGACCGGAAGUACAAUAUGUACGCGAGAGUGAUCCAAAAGGCGUUUAAAAAGUAUUUCGCACGGAGGAGACAGGAACAGGAGAAACAACAGGCGGCCGAUUUACUGUUCGGUCACAAGGAACGUAGACGCGCUAGUUUCAAUAGAAACUUCAUGGGCGAUUACAUCGGAUUAGAGGGGAAACGGCAAAUGUUGAAUCUGAUCGGUAGAAAGGAGAAGGUUUUCUUCGCUGAAACCGUAAAGAAGUAUGACAGGAGGUUCAAGGUGAGUAGAAGGGAUCUCAUCUUGACUAGCAAAUAUUUAUACCUAAUCGGUCGAGAGCAAGUUAAAAAAGGUCCUGAGAAGGGCAAAAAGGUCGAGAUUAUAAAACGGAAGCUGUCGUUCAACCAAAUUAGUAACAUAUCGUUAAGUACGCUUCAAGACGACUUUGUCGUUAUCCAUGCCAAAGAUGACUAUGGCAGUCUGUUAGAAUUAACAUUCAAAACCGAAUUUUUAAUUGCGCUAAGUAAAAGAUACGUCGAGGAGACCGGGCACGUCCUGAAUAUUAAAUUCGGCAACCAUUUAGAGUUCAAGAUCAAGAAGGAAGGGUGGGGAAGCGGAGGUACGAGACACGUACAGUUUACGCAAAUUGAUUACGGUGAUAAAGAGAUACUGAAAUCAAGCGGGAAGAUCCUGAACGUUUGCAUCGGGCCGGGAUUACCAUCUACCACCAAGCUAAACGUUAACAGAACAUCGGCGGGUCACCGAUACGGCAAGGUGAAUGCUAGUCAUUCGUUUCGACAAACGAACCCUCGCUCUCAGUUCGAAGUUACUGAGAAACCGAAAUUAUCAGUAGCAGAUUCCUCGAAUAGGGCGGUACGUCUAUCCAAUCAGAAAAAGCAAGUGAUGCAGGAGCCGAAGAAGUUAGAAAAUAAUAACAUGCCUCUAAUGGGCAUGUUCACUAAUCCAACAGCUCGACCUAGAGCAGGUAUGUUAAGGUUCCCACCACCUCCCUCGGAACCUCCGCCACCGUGCACACCGGUUCCUUUGGGAUUUAGGAUGCCAGCCAUUGAUAAUAACGGCAAUAAAAGCACGCAGAACGACGCGAAGACUAAACCCGUGCGUCCCGCGCCUCGGGCUCCUGUGAAUAUUAGACAGAAACCAGCACUGCCAAGUUUGCCGAAAGCUAAAUCGUUGUACGACUACAGUCCCCAAGACGUCGACGAGCUGCAGCUCAAGGAGGGUGACAUCAUUGAAAUACUUAAAGAAGACAAAGAUGGCUGGUGGCACGGUAGAUUGAACGGGAGGACAGGUCUCUUUCCGUCGAAUUAUAUUGUUAAAAUAUAAAGCCUCACGUACAGACUUCGCAAUGCUGUUAGCUGUGCACAGUGCUGUUACUAUACAAUUCAAGAAUUUAUCAUUUUGCAAGACACUCGUGCAUCCCGAAUAUCCUUCCUCCAACUUCGAAAUGCAGAGUGCGCGUACAGUUCUCCUCUCCGUUUCACACUACCCAG